UGUGAAAUAUGUUGAAGGCGGUGGGUAUUGUGUCGAACCCUUCUAUCUUCUAUCAAAACACUCACCUUUUCACAUAAAUCUUUUUAUCACAAUCUUCUCGGAAACUUCUUCGGUUUCCCAUCACAAAAUUUCCUUCCGCCACACGCACAUCGCAAAUCAUCACUUCAAUAUUUAAACCAUUGAUUUAAGAUCCACACCCGCAAUCGUUCUCGAACCCUAGAACCCCAAUUCCAAUCGAUUCCUUUCUCUCUCUCUCGAUUGCAAUAACCUAACUUCCUGUCUGAUCCGGCACUGGAGCUGGGGUUUGUGAUUUCAGAGCUUAGUAAUUAAUAAUCAACAACCAAGAGAAGAGGAGAAGAGAUGGAUGACUGUUGUGCUGUUUGCGCAGAGCCUUUGGAAUGGGUCGCCUACGGACCCUGUUUGCACCGGGAGGUGUGCUCCACGUGCGUCGCUCGCCUCCGUUUCAUAUGCGACAAUCGCUGUUGCUGCAUCUGCAAGACCGAAUGCAACCACGUAUUCGUCACCAAGGCUCUAGGAGAUUAUACAAAGAUGAUUAAUGAUUUUGCUGCCCUUCCUUCGGAUGUAAGGGAGGGCAAGAUUGGAUCAUAUUGGUACCAUGAGGAUACAAAUGCAUUUUUUGAUGAUGUGGACCAUUACAAGAUGAUCAAGGCUAUGUGUAGACUUUCGUGCAGUAUAUGUGAAAAGACGGAUGAACAACCACAGGGUUCUGCUUCAAGACGACGAGAACAGUUUAAGAAUAUAGGGCAAUUGAAGGGUCAUAUAUUCCACCGUCACAAGUUGCAUAUGUGCAGUUUGUGUUUGGAGGGCAGGAAGGUUUUUAUAUGUGAGCAAAAGCUAUAUACCAGAGCACAGUUGAAUCAACACAUAAGCACAGGUGAUUCUGAGGUGGAUGGAAGUGAGAGUGAGAGAGGUGGUUUCAUGGGGCAUCCCAUAUGUGAAUAUUGCAGAACCCGAUUUUAUGGAGACAAUGAAUUGUACGUGCAUAUGUCUACAGAGCAUUAUACUUGUCAUAUAUGCCAGAGGCAGCAUACAGGGCAGUAUGACUACUUUAAGAAUUAUGAUGACCUAGAGAUUCACUUCCGUAAAGAGCACUUCUUAUGUGAAGAUGAGGCUUGUCUUGCUAAGAAAUUUGUUGUUUUUCAAUCUGAAGCAGAGAUGAAGAAGCAUAAUGCUAUCGAACAUGGAGGACGGAUGUCACGAUCUAAGCGGAAUGCUGCUCUUCAGAUUCCAACUAGCUUCCGAUACAGACAUGGUAAUGAACAAGAGCAACGCCGUGGAAGAAAUCGUUCUUUUCGUCGUGAUUUUACUGAAAACCAACUUGCAAUGGCCAUUGAAGCUAGUCUAGAGACAGCUAAUGUAGAGCAAACAUUUCGUAAUCAAUCAGCAUCAGGUAGUGGGCAAGUUGCUGUUGAUGAUGGGAAUGGAGACAUUGAUUCUUUCAUUCAGCCAUUUGAAUCAUUGGCUGUCACUGGUUCUGAAGCAUCUUCAAGAUACCUUCAAGCCUUGGGACAUAGCUCAAGGAGUGGACCUCUGGAGGAUUCUUCAUUUCCACCACUACCCGUAACUUCCAACAAUGGCCAUCAAGGAUCCAAACAGGAAGUCGAAGGCUCAUCUAGUAAUUCCAUGGCUGCACGUCUGCGUCGUCAUAACAACAGAACUGUAACAGUUGUUAAUUCUGGUAAUGCUUGGCCAGCAGCAGGUCGUGGACUGGUACAACCGUCAAGUAAUCCUUCACAAUUUCGACAGUCAUCAAAUAAUGCUCUGGGUCUUUCUCGUAAUUCUGGGCAGACAAAGAAGACUGUAAUUAACAGUGGACUUUCACCAUCAACUUAUGCUGGUUCUAUUCAGUCUACCCAAAGAACUUCUCGUGGACACUUACCUGGUGGUUCAUCGAGGGACACACGUGACAAUGUUAGAAUUGUUCACUCUGCAUCUGCCCCGAAUCUCACGGAGAACAACUCUGUUGAAGCUUCACUAACUGAUUUUCCUCCUGUUUCUGCUCCACAAGCGAGCAAGAUACCUGCUAGCAGUCAUUCUUCAUUGAAUGUGGAAAAUGUUCAGUCUGCUAACCAGUCCCUGGUUGAAAAGAUUCGAUGUGCUCUUGAUUUUGAUGAAGAAAGGUACAGUAUGUUUAAGGAUAUAUCUGCCCAAUAUGGCCAAGGCACAAUAGAUACGGAAACUUAUAUGGACUAUGUGCAGAACUUUGGCUUGUCUCGUCUUGUGCUUGAGUUGGCAAGAUCAUGCCCUGAUACUCAGAAGCGGGCAGAGCUUGUUAGUGCUAGCUUGCAAAGAGAUGUUUUACUGGAAAAUAACUUGGUUCAAAGCAGCACAAGCACCCAUCGCAAAGACAGUAAUGUAAACAAGAAAGGCAAAGGUAAGUCUGUAGAUAGUAGGGGGAGUAACCCCACAGAGAAAUUAGCAGAUAACUUUUUAAGCACCGUACAUCAGCUACAGGCAAAUUAUAAAUCUUCAGAAGAGAAGGUGGAGGUGCUAUCAAGGGAUGAUUACCGAAGCGACAGGGGCAAAUUAAAAAUCGAACAGCGGACUGAUACCAAUUCUGGAAGUCAACCUGCGGUGAAGCUUAGUGGGAAGACUGAAACAUCAAAUGGCAGUUUAUCUACUCAAGUUAGAGAGGAUGGUGGUGGUGGGAACAAGCAACGCAAGAAAGGUUCAAAGUUCCUGAGAGUACGACUUGGUGAUGGUUCUGCUUCGGCCCUUUUUGAUCAACCUGAUCCUGGAAAAACAGACAGCUCAGAAGUUAACGAUGAACCUGGAGGAGGGCCACCUGUGCGUGGUGUUUGGCGAAAAGGGGGAGGUCAUAAACUUUUUCUCUAAUUUUUGCUUCACCAUCAUUUUUAAAACGUGAAGUAUCAAACGCAGUUGAGCCACGGUUGAACUGCAAUAUAAACAUGAAUUUGGUUUCAGCUUAGGGGAUAUUUGAUUAUAUCGAGUUUAAGUUAGAUUUCAAGUAUAUUGUGGGACGCGAUUUUGUCGAUGGCCAAACGCCGUUGCCGAAGUGGGCACACUUUUUUGGUUUGGGGUAUAUGAUUUUGUUAAAGACAAGUGUUCAUAUGAAAGUAUGGUGCUAAGUGUUGCGUUGUAUGAGAAUGGCACUGUUUCUUA